UAAUUUACCACAAGAUUUAGGAAAAGUUUAUUGUUCAGAAAAUUCUGGUGGUGUUGAAAUUUGUCAUAAGCUUUUACGUAAUAAUAGUAAUUUUAUUAUAAAUCAAAAAUUAGAUAUUAUAGAUGUUAUGGAACUAUCUGAAGAGAGAAAAAAAUAUUUGUAUCAAAAAAUUCGUCAAUAUGUAGAAGAUCCUUACAAAGAUAUUUAUUAUCUUUAA